GUGUCACCCACAGGGACCCUAGACUGUGAAAUAAGUGCACAGAAAUGCCAACCGCCUUUUCAGACGAUAACAGUAACGCCCAAAGACUCUAAAGUGACUUUGAACUGCUCUAUUAAGAAUGGGGGAAAAGUACAAGACAUGACCUGGCAGUACAUUGAAAAACACCUCAAUGCCAGUGACUCCGGUCUGUUCUUACAACAAAUCGAUUCAAAGAAUGGAAGUCAGCCACGUGAAUGUUUUUCUAUAAAAUACGCCAGUGAGUAUGUUCUUCUUUUUCCCUGUCUGUAUUAAAUUGAUGGAGAGAAAAAUAUCAUAAUGCGCCCAUCAGUUUUUUUGUAUGUCCUAUUUUUUAAAUGGAUUAUAACGCAUCCUAUGAAUGCCUCGUAACAGGUUUAGGCAGAUUCAAGGUCAGCUGAGGCAAUUUUUACUGUUGGAUUUAUAUUGAAGUUAUAGCCAGCUGAAUCACCUCACUUUGAACAUGGUUCACCGCGAAACUCUAGUUGCUCAUGCCAUGCUGGAAGGCAAAAAAAGCAAAGGGACAUGAUAAACAACAAACAAAGGAAUCAUUUUAAAUGAUGUUAGCUUUUUGCUUGGCUUGACUCAGUGCGCAGGACCUCGCUCUCCAGCAUGGCAGGUUUGUGCAACAAAAAUGACUUACUGCAAAGGGCUUAUUCAACAUCAACAAGGCAUGGAGUAAAACAUGGUUGGUCCGUUUGACUGUAAUUAUCUUAAAAUUCGUGAGCUAAGCAACGACGACGACGACGACAGCAGUGAAAAUGUCGCUAAAAAAUUAAAUUUGCCUCGUUUCAAAUGUUAUCGCGUCUACUUGGAGCUGCUUUAUAAUUUGUCAAAUGUAGGCGAUUUCGCCUGGAGUUGAAUUUUUAAGGACUUUAGCCAGGUUCAGAAAGAGGAACAAGAAUUCGUUGUCGUAUGUUCACUUUCUCUAUAAAACGUCGCAUUAGGAGGUUUCACUUCAUAGUCGUGCAGUGAACGUCUAAGAAAUGUACUAAGAAGCUUGACGCACGUGCAGCAACUGUUGUUUUCAUCUUAAAACCAAUUGUUUUUCGACGAUGUUGUCGUGGUGGUUCAGAUUUUCACUUUUCAGAUUUUGAUAUUUUUUUUGCACUAAUUCAAGAGCUAUAAAAAUUACAACUAUAUUACAAAAACAGUAAGAAGAAAAAAGCAGCCAAUUACAUAAAUGCUGAUCAAAGGUAAAAUGCGCGCAGCGCCCUAAGGAGCUUAGACUUUCGAGUUCGCCACUUAAGCUCCCUAGUUUAAAUGACAUUGGUGCAUUACUUACGAGCUUUGAUAUUAAGGGGAAGAAUUCCUUCUUAGUUCCAGUUGAGAGAGUAUAUAUGACAAGUUCUCCCGUUGUCUUAUAUCCUGACGGGAAACUAGAGGACGGAAAGGAACUGAAGUGUACCUUCAAGGGAUGGCCUCUUCCUCGUGUAGUUUGGUACAAUCCAGAUAAAAAACAAAUCAUCAACGGAUCUGAAGGUUUUUACAUCUCAGAGCAGCUGUUUGGAGAGGAUACCUUAAGUUCCGUUCUUCUCAAUCAUAAUAUCCAAGAAAAACAAGCAGGGGCUUACAAAUGCACUGGAAUGAACAACAUUACCGGCUGGUCGACUGAAAAAUCAGUGAUAAUUGAGCUGUAUCAUCGCUGUGAGUCAUUUAAUUUCUUAUUUCUCCUUAUAUACACGGAUGCACAAAACCACCUUAAUUAACAGUACCUCCUUUGAAUCGGGUUCAUAAAACGAUAAUGCCGUGUUUGCCCUGUAAGCAAUAGAAAGUAACCCAUUUUGACCAAGAGGUACAGCUCAUUUUCUUUUGCUUUAGGCGGAAUUAAAUACUGAGUGCUUCAUGUUUUAAAUAACAGAUUAACUUAUUCCCAGCUGAAUUUAAAAGAAUAUAACUGAAAAUUUCGUUCCACCUUCCUCUUCCAUUCAGACCAAUUGGACGCUGGAAUUUGUUUAUCCCUCGGGUCACAAGGGAUAAGUAAAUAAGUAAAUAAAUAUAUAACGAUUUAGUGGCGCUAGCUCAUCCACAUAGUGGUUCUUUGUCUGCCAUUCUGGCUCAAAUUUACCCUGCGUAGCUGGCGGGAUUAACGUGGGAGUGAUGUAUUGUUUUGGCGGCGAUGGCGGAAUAACGGUAAGAGGCAACAAAACUCAACCAAGCCGACCACAUAUGAUGUUGCCUGAGGAAUCAAGCACAGGACAGUCAUUAAUGAGAGGGGAGUGUUCUUUCCUGAAAUCCAGUAGAACCUCUAUGUAACGAACGCCUCGGUAUAAUUAACAAUUCUUCUACCAGUGUGCGUUGGAUAUGAGAUGUUAGAGAGUCCGUAUUAACGGAGGGACCUUAUUAAGCGGGUAGAAAAUGUAAAGGCUUUCUGUCCCCAGGGACAAAGCAAACUGUUCGUAACAAUGAGAUGUCUGUAUUGAGCGGGUUUCCAUACCGGAGCGGGGUUUGACUGUACAAUAAAUAAAAGGAACCUCGAUAUAACAAUUUAAACCUCUUUAUAGUGAACAUAUUUUGCCAGUCCUUUGGGUCUUCGUUCAGCUGUUCGUUACAUCAAGAUUCCAAUGUAAAGUGUUAUGUGAUUCUUAAAGAGAGAAAACGAGACGCCGAAUAGCUAUUGAAAUCAACACUUAGUAGCACAGGCCAUAUUGGUGGAAGGUAAGAGAAGUAGGGUUUAUCCGAUCAACCGAUCGUUAGAGCGUCUUAAAAGACGGCGUGAAGAGACAAGUCGCAAAAGAGGGAACCAGUGGGAUAAACAAAAUCAACACGUAAAAACUCCAAAGCGUUGUGAUGCCCUAUAUAUUGUCACAAAUACUCAGGAGGGGAGGGUAAGAUUAGGAAUGUUACCUCCUACGGUUGCACAAAAAAAUGGUAACGAUUUUCAAAUAAUAUUUGCUCAUCAUAUCUUCUUGUCAUCUAAUACAGGUUUCUUUCCUAAAGCUGCGAAGAUUUCUUCCCCCCAGGUUCCGUUGGAAGCCUACUUCAAUGUCACUUUAGAGUGCGAAGUAGGUGUUAGGCCAAGCGACUGUUGGGACAAUUCUUUACGGUGGUAUUUUAACAACAACUCAGGGAAAUUAGAAUCUGGUGAAAAGUAUGAUAUACAAGAAAGGAAAACCAACACCAACUGCAAAACAGAUUUCAUUCUCACCAUUGUUAACGUUACUGAAGCAGACGAGGGAAAGUAUAAAUGUGAGUGGCUCUGCGAGGAGGACUACCCCAGCUUUUCGAGGUCUUCAAUUAUCCAGUUGAAAGUAUUUCCUCCUUCAGAAAAAGGUAAUGUUACUCCUGUGAUAUCUAAAAGUCUUGUGUCACCAAUUUAUUCCUGGGUAUGUGCCGCUGGCCUCUCAGAGCCCCUACGCCAUUAUAGUCUAUUCUGUGGCCAAUUAUAGACCAUAUCUUAGUCACUUUUGUGCAAAUGUGUAAUUUUCGCGAUCCCAACUUAGUCACUUACUAUUUUUAUGAAUUGACCCAUUUUUUAGAUUGAAGAAAAACAUUUUACUUUUCAUCUGCAGUACAAACAUUCUGGUACGUUUGCUAACCGUAAAUAUGGAGAACUGUCGUACCCCCCAAAAAUCCGAAAAUAUGCUACCCCAUUAUAAUAAAUCCAGUCGUGAAAAUGAGACCACAGCCAGCGGCACGUCCCCAUUAGCCUCUUAUAAGAAAGUACUCCCACCCCACCCCCCACCCCCUCGGGCUCAAAACAGUAACACAGCAAAUGCAAAAGGAGCCGUGUCAUGUGAGGACAAGCUUGAAAGGUUGAAACCGAUUGCAACUGAUUUUUUCAUUAGAAAACGGAGAAUCCAAUCCGAAGAAUAACUCGCAAUUGUAUAUCAGUAACUUUAUUCGGUCUGAAAUAAAAUUGAACAAAUAUAUUCUAUUCAAAAAGUGUAAUCAAAUAAUUGAUACAUGAAACUAGAAAAAGCGGAAUAAAUUCCGAUAAAAGCUAAACGUUGAUACCAGCGAAAUCACGUAGUUCUUGAAACAAACUCAAUUUAAGCUACUUCAACUCUGUUUGAAAAGUAACGAAAGGAAGACUAAAUUAACAAAACGAAAGUAACAUACAGUUCACUUACUUCUAUGGCGACUGUUUUCUUAAAUGUCCUUGAAUACGCAUUAAAUCGGUCCGGGUAGCAGGUAAACUGUUAACACUUUCAUCCUUGCAGUACGGCGGUCGGUAAAAAACUUAUAAAAACUCGAACAAAGCGGGUACUUUUGUGCUUUCCGUUGGGCGUUUACGGUUUUCCUACUUUUGCCAGCAAGAUUAAAUAUAAAAAUUCCUUGAAUAGUUCGUUUACUACGUUAACACUGAGGUUUUCGAAUACUCAAAUAGCCUAAAAGUUUUUCAAAAUUCAUUUUUUUUGCCUGUAACUUUUCAUAUAAUGUUUGGGGAACAAAUGUGUUUGACAUGAAGCAGUGAUUUUGUCAUUUGCAAGUGAUUUCUUAACUUACGCUGAGUUCCAUUGAGAAUAAGGACAUGUUUGGCAAUAUUAUCAAAAUGAACCAGCAAACCAUAACGUCAUAGCCCAUUUGUUUCGGUGAGAGGGUACUCCCUUUGUAAGGGAAUUGUGUAAAACCGUUUGGGUCUGAAAUAGGGAAAGGUUUUGCGCCGUUUGGAUACAGGGUCUGAAAUUACAUGUUCGUGCAUGAGUUUUUGAUAUUUUUGUUGUUGCUAUUGUUUUAAAUCAUCCGCCUUCAGGUCUGUGAAUAGGGUAGGAAAAGUCGUACUCUACCGAAACAGGUGGACAGCGAAUUCCAUAAAUACGUGCACUUGACAUUUCCUUUCAAACGGAUAGCAAAAUGGAAGGGUAAAGUUUACUUCUGUUUUUGAAAUAAUUAUAGUGUAAAUUAUAGCUUAAAAUUUCUACUCGUGUGGGGCUAUUGAUUACUAGGUGCCAGACAGCAACUCUGUCGCAAUACCCAUGCAGGGGACGGCGAAUCAUAACACCCUCCUUUAUCUGCAUAAUCGUUUCACAUGAUACAAUAGUCGAAUCAGAAUCCAGCAUUGCAUCUGGGUUGAGUAAUGUAUUAAGUUCCAGACCUCUUAUAUUUUAGGGCAGGUUUUGCACAUGCGCAGUUGCAUUAAAAGAAUGACUGUCAAAUGGUUCGUUUCGUGUUGUUGUUUAAGACCAGAAUAUUACUAGGAUGGUGCUUGUAGGUUAAGUUGGAGAGUAUGUGGACGGUAAAGAAGAUAUUGCAAGUUUUAUCGAAAGAGUGGAAUUGUAUUUUGCGGCGAAUUAUGUCAAGGCGGAUUACAAAGUUGCUACGUUUCUAGCGUUUAUCGUAGCAGAUGCAUAUGGCGUGCCGCGAAAUUUGUUAGCCAAUGAACGUUUAAAAUACAAGUGUUUUGUGCAAUAGUAUGAAAAGGUGACUGAACGAUUUAGAAACCCAGCACUAAUUUCAAAGUCACUGAUCAAUAAGUUCCUGGAGAUAUCAGCAGAUCAGGAUGAAAACAAUUUGACAACUCGCGCAACAUAUAUUGUGAGAACAUUCAUGGAGCAGGCUUAAGACCAGCAACUAAUAUGCAGCAGAUUGUUUCAAAGCUAGCUCCAAAAAUUGCAGUAAGGUGAAACAGGCAAAAAUUAAAGCUACAGCCCAAAUAAGUUGACCUUAGCGACCUAGAUGAGUGGCUGAAACCGAGAGUCAGGUCGAAGUGAUAGCCUUUGGUUGCCCCAGUAAUAUAGAGAAUGCUGAAAAAGAGAAACCUAAGUAAAAUUCAAACAAAUCGAAGUGGCUCAGGAGAAAGAACAUUCGAAGACUCAUGUAAUGUUUUGUGAGCUAAGAAAAACAUGUACUGACAUUGCAUGAAACCUGGAAGAAUCAACUGUAAGUGAACGAUGGUAAUUAUGAGAGAAGUUGGGUUUGUGCUUUAGAUGCCACAGUAGAGGACAUCGUCGGCUGAGACAUUCCAGUCCUCGCAAGAAACCACAGGAAAGACGUCAUCACCUGAAGUACCAACUAAUCACACGAACUGUUGAGGUUCUGAAGACUUGA